CUUCACCCAUCCAGUGAACUUGCACAUCAAGCAGCCCGAGACUUUGCAAUCGUAUUCUGAAACUUCAGUUUCAGAUGAGCCCAUAACGUUCAUAACAUUCAUAACGUUAACGUACAUAUGUUGUGUUGAAUCGGCUCCGAAAAUGGUAAGUCGAAUCGCCCAUAACGACUUCAUUAUAGUCUCCCGUCAAUUGCUGAUCAAUCGAGCCGACACGGAUAAGGACAAACGGAGUGCCAAGAUGCUCAUUAUCAACAGCACUGGAAAGCAGCACAUCGUCACCUUCAAGCUGCCCAUCCGUGCUUUUACAGUGCAAAAGCUGUUUCUCAAGAUGAACCUUCAUAUGGAGGAUAACAUCACGAUUGAUUGCAUGGAGAAUGCCGGUGGUAUUAUCCAUUUGGUGGUCUCUGUGGGAUUCGCCAUCGGUGAUACCAUUGCCGAUACGAUUGCCAAGGCGGAGGAGUUCUACAAGAAGGUGCAUCAGUCCAGGGCGUCCGCUGAUGCCGCUCCUCGCAACGCGGUGCCCGUUGAAGAGCCACCAUCUCUUCCGGUUGUCAAGCCAUCGGUGGUCCCUAUGGGCUUCGCCAUCGGUGAUACCAUUGCCGAUACGAUUGCCCAUGCGGAGGAGUUCAACAAGAAGGUGCAUCAGUCAAAGGCGUCCGCUGGUGCCGCUCUUCCCAACGCGGUGCCCGUUGAAGUGCCACCAUCUCGUGCGGUUGUCAAGCCAUCGGAGACUUCGGUGGCCAACAAUGGUUGCCAGCCAGCUGCAAUCGAAGGCAAGAAGCACAAGAAAAGACAUUGCGCUCCGGGAGACACCAAUGCUGACAAAGCGAUAUCGUCGGUGGAUCAAGACGCCAAUACUUCCAAGACCAAGAAACAGAAGAAGUGUCAUUCUGCAGAGGACAGCAAUGGUUAUCAAGUUGCUGGUGCUCAAGACAACCCAGGUUCAUCUGGCAAUAAACAGGAAUAUCAAACCCCUACGGGUAACACCUCAAAUUCUCCAAAGAAGAGUAGUACUGCCCAAGUGAUAUCGUCGGUGGAUCAAGACGACAAUACUCCCAAGACCAAGAAACAGAAGAAGUGUCAUUCUGCAGAGGACAGCAAUGGUUAUCAAGUUGCUGGUGCUCAAGACAACCCAGGUUCAUCUGGCAAUGAACAGGAAUAUCAAACCCCUACGGGUAACACCUCAAAUUCUCCAAAGAAGAGCAAUGGUCUCCAGGGCGUGCAACCAGCUGGAGAUGCUCUCGCAAACUCCCAGUCAAUCCAGUCGAAGGACCAAGUCGCACAUGCCACUAUUAGCAAGAAAUCGGAAGAGACAGCUGGUGGAUCUCAAUCGCGGGUGCAACCGAAUGUUGCAUCCAUACCGGCGCCAGCCGAGAAAGCAACUAGUGACACUAUACCCACACCUGCAAAACGCGCAGAGAAGAGUCGCCUGCGCCGGAACAGCAACUGGAUAAUAAGCAGGGACUUUGACGAUGAAGUCAUUGUGCUGUUGAGCAGCGAGGAUGAGGAGACCACCGCCGCCGACAAUGGCCAAACAGAGGGAAGACUCUCCGUCGACGAGAAUCCAACGCUUUUCACAUAUCCGCCCACCGGAACCGGUGGCCUGAGCAUCACCAUUAAGGACUAUAUGCGUCUCAAGGAAGGCUCAUUUCUGAACGACAUAAUCAUUGAUUUUUAUCUGCGCUGGCUAAAGAAUAACAUCAUACCAGAGGGUCAGCGCGAUAGGACGCACAUCUUUAGCACAUUUUUCCACAUGAGAUUGACCACAGAGACGAGUCCCAACAACACGAAGGAGCCGGUGGCCAAGAGGCGUCACGAAAGGGUAAAGAAGUGGACACGAACCGUGAAUAUAUUCGAGAAGGAUUUCAUCAUAAUACCAUUCAACGAGAAGUCCCAUUGGAUACUGGCCAUCAUAUGUUUUCCAAACCUGAAGACCUCCGUGGUUAACCAUGAUGUACAGACACCCGGCGAAGACAUUCCAAUCAAACAGCCAUUGAUUCUCAUCUUCGAUUCGUUGGAGAGCAACUCACGCUAUCGACAUAUUUCCAUAUUGCAUGAUUACCUCAACUUCGAGUACAAGGCAAAGUAUCCGAAAGAGCGGGCGCGCAUCUUCAACUGGGAUAAUAUGCCCGGUCAUAUUGUGGAGGUGCCGCAGCAGGAGAAUCUCACCGAUUGCGGCCUCUAUCUGCUGCAGUAUGCGGAGCAAUUCUUCACAAAACCCAUCGUUAACUAUAAGCUGCCCAUUAGGGAGCUGAUCGAUUGGUUUGACCUGCUCACAGUAACCAAGAAGCGCGAGGAUAUCGCCAAUCUCAUCCAGAAGCUGAUGAAUGAAGGCAAUCAGCAGGGCAUAACUUUGCCCGUCAUAAAGUUUCCCACACUGAAUGGCAUAAUGGUGAUGGAUGUGGAUGACGAGAAGGAAUGUGACACGGAGAAAGAGAAUCAAACUAUAAACCAAUAUAGUUUUGAAACCAGAACACCGCCGAAAAGAAGGCAUACACUCAAGUAAACCACUUGCGAAGUGGCUGCUUCGGAAAAUUAUAUUUUCACACAGAAGAACUGAAGACGGCGACAACGCAAUGCACACACGUUUGGAACACUAGGAGGAGCAAGUGACACGGAGGUGGGCUCACCAGAAUUAUACGUUUUUUCCCCAAAAGCAAGAAAACUUUCAUACACACACACAGAGAAAGAGAGACACAGAUCAGGAUCACAGGAUGAGCAGGAUAAGCAGCAUGAGCAGGAUAAGCAGGAGCUGGAUGCCAGGAGGUGGAGAAUGGCCACACAUCAAGAAAAAUUCUAAAUUUAGAGUCACCAAAUUAAUAGAAAAUAUUUUUUUUUGUAAAUAGCAAAAUAAACGGUCCAUAGGACCAAUAAAAAUAAGUCACGCAAUAAGCAUAGCUUUAUAAAAUGCCAAAAAUGAAUUCUACUAUACUAUAUGGUACUUAAGCGCGGUUAUCAGCUAUUUGGAAAACUGUAGGGUAUUACCAAAUCAGCAUUAUACUCUACUCUAAGCCCACACACAUACACAGACACACGCACACGCACACACAUGGAUCUCUUUGCAUUGGUGUUGGGGUUCGGCGAUAAGAAAAUCGAGCCAUUAAGUCGCGCCGGCGAUUCUAUAGACGCUCAGUUGCUUUGGAGCGAUUCUUUGAUGCAGACGAACGCCGGAGUUUGCGGAUUGUAAUAAAAGAGCAAGCACAGAGAGAGAGAGAGAGAGACAGUUAAUGGGACAGAGAGAUCGCGUGCGGAAGGAGGCCGAGCGUCGGAGUGUUAACAGAAGGAUCUCGGAAUUGUGAACGCGCGGUCAAACGAGAAGAAAAGUAGCAGUGCAAGCAUCGGGUGGCAAGAAGCCCGAAGGACUCAGAAGGACGA